AUGAAGGCCUCAUGCCUCCUCGCGAUCGCGCUCAUCGCUGCCGCUGGAGGAUCCGCGCCCACCACCGCCGCCGAGAGCAUGUUCAGCCCGAAGCUCAGCCCAAAGCUCGACCCGUUCGCCUACCGCUCGUCAUCCCAGGGCGAGCUGAUGCCGAAAGAGCUGAACCCGCCCACCAAGGCGGACUAUGACGAGAUCGACUCCGUCAUCGACCGAGCGGUGCGCACCCACGGCUACGGUCCUAUUAUACCGCAGUACUACUCGCAUCAGAAGCGGCCGUGGCAGCAGUGGGAGGGCACCAUUAUCGAGCGGCUCUGGCGGACGGCGCUGUAUCAUAUGCUCGUGCCGACCGUCCUCCUCUCCGUCGCGCGGUGGGCGGACCCGUCGCUGCCCUGGUGGCGGCUGCCAAAGGAGCACACCUUUGGUCAGCCCUUUUUCGCCGUCUCCGACGGCUACAACUACUUGCUUACGCUAACGACGUUCGUCACCACAUUCUUUGUGGGCCACUCGCAUGACUUCUGGCGGCGCUCGUACAAGCUGACGCGGUCGCUGCAAGGGCGGCUGAACGACAUCGGCCUGCUCUGCGCGUCGCACGCCCGGCGCAGCGACGACGGCGGCCUCGACGCGGAGGCGCUCGAGCUGCUCGAGUCGACGGCGCGCAACCUCCGCCUGCUGCACGUGCUGUUCUACGCGGACAUCUGCUACCGCAAGACGGUGAGGCUGCUGCUCUCCUUUGACCGCGUCUCGCGCACGGCUCCGCCUCGACCGCUGCACCGCAGCCUGCCCAAGACGUACCUCGUGGUGCUGGGCUGGGUCACCUCGCGGCUUGCGGCGGCGCGUGCAAAGGGCGUGCUGACCGGAGGGGCGGGCUUCGAGCAGGUUGCGCUCGGCAAGUGCUGCGACCUGCGCGCAGCCUGCAUGAGCAUCCCCGAUGAGCUUGCCGCCCGCAUGCCGCUUGCGUAUGUGCACUUCACCCACUGCCUAGUGGACAUCCUGCUGCUGAUCGCGCCGUUCGGGCUGUACCCGCACCUCGGCAUCUUUGCUAUCCCAAUGACGGGCGUGAUCUCUCUCUUUUACCGCGGCCUGCUGGAGCUCUCCAAAUCAUUCCUGGACCCGUUCGGCAACCGACGUGUCUCCUACUCGGGCCUCUCGGCGGACAUCUCGAUCGACUGCCUCAUCGGCGAGUCGAACGCGGGACUCACGACUGCACAGCGCGCCGGACUACUUCUUUCGCCACAGCCGGCGGGCGUCCGGAAGGUGCUCCCUGGCGCGGGAGCGCCAGUUCCACGAGGCGGCGUCGAGAGCGAUGACUGGUGGGAUGGCGCGACCCUCGGCUCCUGCGUGGUCCGCCGCUUCACGGAUGAGAUGGCGGGCGACCGGUGGAUGCUCUGGUACUCCGGCCGCUCAGCCUCCUUCGACAGCGACGUGGUCCCACUGGCGACGGGCGCCGUCGGGCUCGCGCAGUCGACGGAUGGCGUGGUGUGGGAGCGGCUGGCGGGCGACGAGGCGGGCGGCGCGUGCCUGGUCCCGAACGAGGAUGAGUGGUGGGGCUUCGACACCUCGCACGUCGGCGUGGGCGAUGUGCACGUCAUGUCCAGCCGCGUGAUCCAGAAUGGGCUCGGGCUUUACUGGAUGUUCUACUUUGGCGGCCGCAUGUCCAUCGGCGUCGCGCUGAGCAACGACGGAGUCCACUGGGGCAGAGUCGAGGGCGAGCAUCCGUCGGGCGCGCUGCUCGCGAGCGGCCGCUUCGCCAUCGGAAGCGCAGUCUCCUCCGAUUGCGUCAAGUGGACGCGGCGCGAGCUCGCCCGCCUCCGCCGCCCCCCCUGGCGCGACGGCUACUGCCUCACCGCCGGGCCGGAGGGCAGCUUCGAUGCCGGCGGCGUCUCCGCGCGCUGCGUCGUGCGCAAGGGCGCCGAGCUGCUCAUGUUUUAUGAGGCGGUCGACGCCGCGCGGUCGCACACGAUUGGACUCGCGCGCUCCGCCGACGGGCUGAGCUGGGAGAGGGUUGGCGCGGGGCCCGCCUGCUUGCUGCGGCACGGGUGCGCGGGGCCAGUCUUCUCUCCGUCGGCAGAGCCGGGCGCGUGGGACGGCGUCGCGGUCGUGCCGAUGGACGACGGGUCCGCGAGGCUGUACUACGUCGGCCGCGGCGCCGAGGGGGCGGUGCAGCGCAUCGGGAUGGCGCGGAGCGAGGGCAACGAUUGGACGCGGUGGACGCGGUGGGCGGAGGAGGAGGAGGAGGAGCCGGGAGGAGAGAGCGCCUGA